AUGGCGGACAACAUCAGCACGCCGGCGAGUGCGACGCCAUCUUUCGCCACAAACUCGCAAGCGCCCUUCGCGACAUCGUCAACAUCCGCAGCGGCACCAGCAUGGAAUGCAGCAGCACUGCCAGCACCUACAGCCGCAAAACAACCAAGUGACAGUGAGGAGUCGGCUGCAAAGCGCUUCAGACCCGACUACUCAGAAGUGAUCACGGUUGUGGUGGGCAAGGAGGGGACCAAAUACAUUGUCCACAAAGCGUCCAUCUGCGCCAAAUCGCCGUUCUUCGCCGCGGCGUGUUCCAAGAAGUGGGAAGAAGGACAAGAGGGCAUCGUACGAUUACCCACUCAACGGCCUAAGGCAUUUGCGAUGUUUCUGCACUGGGUGUACACUGGAUCUAUCGACAUGGCCAUGACGGACAUGAACAUCGAAACUGAACCGAGUUACCUCACGCUCGCCCACCUCUGGGUCUUGGGGCACUAUCUCCAGGUCCUGGAGUUCUGCAACAAGCUUGUCGAUACGAUGUUUGCGCGUCGUCGCCAGCUUCCACGCAGACACCCGAACGCAACGACACUCAAAUUCGCUUGCGAAAGCAUUCCGUCGGAAGGCGGCGCAAGGCGGUUCUUGUUCGACCUGGCAGUCUGGUGCUACGGUACCGAGACUUGUGAACGAGAGGAGCCUCAGCUUCCAAGAGAGAUCGUUACUGCGAUUGCGAGAAAACACAUCGCUGGCGACCUGAAGACCGACAGCAAUCCGCUGAAGAAGACGCGCUGCCACUACCACGACCACAACGAAGGCGAUGCCGAGUGCAAAUGA